GCAUAAUAUAUUUGACUCGAAAUCCAAUUAAUUCACCAUUCUUUGAUAUGGCAUCAAACAGAGAAAAUCAACAAGCGGCGAUGGAAGAAGAGGGAAAACAAUUCGAAUUUCAUGCCGAUGAAUUGGAGAACAUCCUCUCGCACGUGCCGCUCGUCGACCUGGUUUCUGCCUCGCGCGUGUCCAAAUCAUGGGGCGACGCCGUGUCCUCCUCCCUCCGCCACCACAGCCCGCCGCGCCCCUGGCUGAUCCUCCACGCGCACGCCGCCACAGCUCACGCAUACGAUCCACGCUCCGGCCUCUGGAUCAAAAUAUCUCAGCCGGUGAAGACCUACGCUGCCGGCGGCCUCCGAUCAUCGCACUCCAGCUUCGUCUACAUGCUCUCCUCAUCGCGCUUCUCCUUCUCCUCCGAUCCUCUCAAUCUCGACUGGCACCACGCCGAUCCACCGCUUGUGUGGCGGCAGGACCCGAUCGUCGCGCGCGUUGGAGACUUCGUCGUGGUCGCCGGUGGCGGAUGCGAUUUUGGAGACGAGCCUUUAGCGGUUGAGAUCUACGAUCUGAAAACACGCGCGUGGCGCUUUUGCGACUCGAUGCCGGGAAAUAUAAGAGACUCGCCGGCUUCGUCCUGGCUCUCGAUCGCCGUCGCGGCGGAGAAGCUGAUCGUCGCGGAGAAGUCGUCCGGCCAAAUGCACUCCUUCGAUCCGGAAACCAACUCAUGGUGCGGACCUUUCGAUUUACGUAUCGGUGAGGCGAAAUCGAUCAUCGAUUAUAGCAUCGGAUGCAGCAAUAACAGCCUGAUUGUGGUCGCGCUUUGCCGAAUUAAAAAUGUGGAGAGAGUGAAGAUCUGGAGAGGUGUGGGAGAUGAAUUUGAAUGCGAAGAGAUCGGAGAAAUGCCAUUGGAGUAUGUGGCGAAAUUGAAGAGCGACAGUUUAGGUGAGUGCAAUUCGAUCAAUGUUCGGGUGGGUGGGAAUAUUGUGUACGUGUACAGUGAUAUGUGGAACGUUGAGGAGGUGGUGGCGUGCGAGCUGGUGGGCGGCGGUGGGUGUAGGUGGUGGAGCGUGAGGAACGCGGUGGCGCGUGAGAAAACGGCGGAGCGGUUGGUGUGUACGUGCGCCGAGGUGGGGAUUGAUGAGUUGCAGCGAGCCAAUAACGUUAGAUUUGAAUAUUUGGUUAGAGAUCUGCAGCAGCGGAUGUCGCGACGGACUAGCGGCUCGUCCUACCCGACGUUCGCUAUUGGAGCCAGCGAGCAGGUGACGGACGUCCCAAGCGGAUGAGAGGUUGUCCGUCGGACUAGCGGCUCAUCCUACCUCUGGUUCGCUAUUGCGCGGACAAGAGGUAGGAGUCCCAUUUUUUAAUUUAUUUUUAUUUUUACUUUUUUUUUAUUUAUACUCAAUAUUUACA